AUGGAGCAAUUCAGACAAAUCGGCGAGGUUCUAGGGAGUUUAAACGCGCUAAUGGUAUUACAAGACGAUAUCUUGAUCAACCAAAGACAAUGUUGUUUAUUGUUAGAUAUUUUCAGUUUGGGAUUCAACACCGUAGCCGAAGAAAUCAGACAAAACUUGAAGCUUGAAGAGAAACAUACCAAAUGGAGAGCUCUUGAACAGCCUUUAAGAGAGCUUUAUCGAGUUUUUAAAGAAGGCGAAAUGUAUGUUCGAAACUGUAUGUCGAAUAAAGAUUGGUGGGGUAAAGUUAUCAACUUUCAUCAGAACAAAGAUUGUGUUGAGUUUCAUAUACACAACUUGUUCUGUUAUUUUCCUGCUGUGAUCGAAGCGAUCGAGACGGCUGGUGAGAUUUCGGGUUUAGACCCUUCUGAGAUGGAGAGAAGGAGAGUCGUGUUUUCGAGAAAGUAUGAUCGAGAGUGGAAUGAUCCUAAGCUGUUUCAAUGGAGGUUUGGGAAACAGUAUUUGGUACCGAGGGAUAUUUGUAUUCGGUUUGAGCAUUCGUGGAGGGAAGAUAGAUGGAAUCUAGUUGAGGCAUUACAAGAGAAGAGAAAGUCGAAGAGCGAUGAGAUUGGGAAGACCGAGAAGCGUUUAGCUGAUUUUCUUUUGAAGAAACUAACCGGACUGGAACAGUUUAACGGUAAGCUCUUUCCUAGUUCGAUACUUCUUGGCUCUAAGGAUUAUCAAGUGAGGAGGAGAUUAGGUGGUGGUGGUCAGUACAAGGAGAUUCAAUGGUUAGGUGAUAGUUUCGUAUUGAGACAUUUUUUCGGUGAUCUUGAGCCGUUAAACGCAGAGAUUUCUUCUCUGUUAUCGCUUUGUCACUCGAAUAUACUUCAGUACUUAUGUGGAUUCUGUGAUGAAGAAAGGAAAGAAUGUUUUCUCGUUAUGGAGUUAAUGCACAAAGAUUUGAAAAGCUACAUGAAGGAGAAUUGUGGACCGAGAAGAAGAUAUCUCUUCUCUGUACCCGUUGUGAUCGAUAUAAUGCUUCAAAUCGCGAGAGGAAUGGAAUAUCUUCAUUCGAAUGAGAUUUUCCAUGGAGAUUUGAAUCCUAUGAACAUUCUUUUGAAAGAAAGAAGCCACACCGAAGGUUAUUUCCACGCGAAAAUCUCGGGUUUCGGUUUGAUCUCAGUCAAAACUCAGUCUUUUACUCGACCUUCGUUGAGACCAAGUACACCUGAUCCUGUGAUUUGGUAUGCACCUGAAGUUCUAGCUGAGAUGGAACAAGAUCUCAAAGGUACAGCCCCGAGAUCGAAGUUUACACAUAAAGCUGAUGUUUAUAGCUUUGCUAUGAUUUGUUUCGAGCUUAUAACCGGUAAAGUUCCAUUCGAAGAUAGUCAUCUUCAAGGCGAUAAAAUGGCUAAGAACAUUAGAACGGGAGAGAGACCUCUCUUCCCAUUCCCUUCCCCGAAAUACCUCGUUAGUCUAAUCAAACGAUGUUGGCAUUCAGAACCGAGUCAGCGUCCUACUUUCUCUUCGAUUUGUCGAAUACUCCGCUACAAUAAGAAGUUCCUAGUAGUGAAUCCGGAUCAUGGUCACAUUCAAAUCCAAACUCCACUUGUUGAUUGUUGGGACUUAGAAGCAAGAUUCUUGAGAAAAUUCUCAAUGGAGACAGGUUCUCACGCGGAAUCCGUAACACAAAUACCGUUCCAGCUAUACUCAUAUAGGAUUGCAGAGAAAGAGAAGAUGAGUCCAAACUUUUACAAAGAAGAGAAUUCGGAAACCGGUGAAUCUUUAUCCGAAAGCGUCUCAGUAGUUGAAGAUCCACCAACAACAAUGCCAAUGUAUACAAAGUCAUUGUGUUUAGAUGCAAUAUCUGAAUACACAGAUACAAGAUCAGUUUACUCAGAAGCUCCAAUCAAAAAGAUCUCAGCUUUAAAGAAAAGCGGCGACACGGUUAAACUCAGAAGAAACUCAAUCUCAGGUUCAGUUAAGUCGCGGUCUUCUGUAACAUCUCCUAUAAAGCCAAGAUCAGCACCGAAAUCGUCGUUACAGCUAAGUCCAUUUGGAAGAAGUAGUAGAGGUACAAGGAAGGAUAAUUGCUUGCCUUUGAGUCCUUUGAACUCUGGAAGACGUAAAAAACAACUCUCUGGUCCUGCUUCAGACUCUGAGCUUACAUAG